UGCAACUCGUAUGUGGCAGGUGGUAGAGGAAAAUGGUCGGAUUUGGAGAGGGAAGAGGAGGAGGGAUGGGGUUGGUCAAGAUUUUACUCUUUCUGCUGACAUCCACAUCAAUGGGUUCAAUUAGAACAGAAAGCAGAUCAAAAAACACAACUUUUCUCUGCCCAAAAAAUUGUGGGAAUAUCAGCUUCGAGUAUCCUUUCGGCAUCGGCGAUGGUUGUUUUCGGCCGGGCUUUAAUCUUACCUGCAGAAACCAUUCCACCAGCGCUCCCAGGCUUUUCCUGGGUGAUGGCACCAUCGAGGUGACGAGAAUUGAUAUGAACCAGAGGUCCGUAUAUAUCAAAUCACCAUCUGUCGUCAUGGGUGUCGACGAUAAGUUUAAACGCGCCUCACUGAUUGACCUGGAGAAUUGGCCUUACUCUUUUGAGUUAAUGGAACAGAUGACACGUAAUUCUUAUCAAGGAACGACAUCUAACGAAGUUUACGUUCUGGGUUGUAGCGCUUUGGCUAGUCUAGUGGAUCUUACCACCAAUAAAACCAUUAGCAAUUGUCUUAGUAUCUGCGUUGCCGGUGAUCCGAGUCAAUAUUCAGAGUGGUCCGACAUUAACAAUAGAUAUUGCACAAUGAAUCUAUGGUCUAAGAAUUCGACUGCCUUAGAGAUUCAGCUAACUCGAAUCGACCAAACCGAGUUACACUUGGUGAAUACCACCAGCAUCAAGGUUAUGAUGUUUGAUGAUGAAAAUGAUGAUCUCCAAGGAGUAUUAAACGGAAGUAGAACGAAUGUGGAGGCCACCCUGGUAUGGUACAUGAAUGAUCAUCUUUCAUGUGAAGAGGCCAUGAAUACGGAUACAUACGCUUGCCUCAGUCAAAAUAGUCUCUGUCAUAAUAUCUUUCUUGAUACGGCCUACCUUAAUAAGAGCAUUGGAUAUUUAUGUCGUUGUUCCGCAAGUUAUCAAGGCAAUCCCUAUGUACCUAGUGGCUGUCAAGAAACUCAAGCAGUAACGAAGAUGCCUAAUUGUGAAAGAAUCCAACUAGCGUAA